AUGUCCUUGGUCAAGAUCCAAACAUUUGGUCAAACAGAGGGACAAGGUGGUCCUUUCAGAGUUCUGGAGUUGCUGCUGUACAAACAAGUGCUCACGGAAUUAUUGUCCCAUGUGGUUGGAGCACGAAACACGGUACCAGCAACUCCAAGCGCGUCACAGAGGUACAAGGAACAAAUAAUUUACACCAAAUUGUUUAAUAUGGUCAGAAAUAGGUUAUUGAUUAAUGAGCCAAAACACCUGUUGGGUUGCAGGGUUGUUGACUAG